CACUGAUUGGUCGACGGGCUCUAGUCCUCUAAUGCUAAAACACCCACAUUGUAAUGUGCGGAAGAUUACGGUAUUGGGCUCGCGCAGUCCUUUAAAGGUGAAAUUGAGUACAGAAAGGACUACAACUACGCCCUGCCUUUCUCAUCAGAAACGAGGACGUUUGCAGCAGCUGAGUCGGGACGGACAUGGCGUCUGCCAGCCCCUGUGUCGUGAUCAGUGAUGAGGAGCAAGGUUAUGACCUGGACCUCUUCUGUAUACCAAAACAUUAUGCGGCGGACCUGGAGCGGGUGUAUAUUCCACAUGGACUCAUCAUGGACAGAACUGAACGUCUGGCCAGAGAUAUCAUGAAGGACAUGGGGGGGGGUGAUUUAUUUGGUCUGUGUGUGCUCAAAGGGGGCUACAAGUUUUUUGCUGACCUGCUAGAUUACAUCAAAGCCCUUAAUCGUAACAGCGAUCGCUCCAUUCCCAUGACAGUGGACUUCAUCCGCCUCAAGAGUUACCAAAAUGACCAAUCUACAGGAGACAUCAAAGUGAUUGGAGGAGAUGAUCUGUCCACACUCACAGGAAAGAAUGUCUUGAUUGUUGAGGACAUCAUUGAUACUGGAAAGACAAUGAAGACCCUGCUAGAACUUCUCAAGCAAUAUAAUCCAAAAAUGGUCAAAGUGGCCAGUUUGCUGGUGAAGAGGACACCAAGAAGUGUUGGCUACAGACCAGACUUUGUAGGAUUUGAGGUUCCUGACAAAUUUGUGGUUGGAUAUGCACUUGACUACAAUGAGUACUUUAGGGAUUUAAAUCACAUCUGUGUCAUCAGUGAAACAGGAAAGGAGAAGUACAAAGCAUGAGAAGCCCUGAACUUCCCCCUCUAGCUGUGUAUCAUUUGUUUUUAAUAGAUGUUUUCUUAUUUGAUAUCCAUUUUGUAUUUUUUCGGUUGCACAGCUCACCGCAGGUUAGGAGGUCCUCGCUCAGGGUCUCUGGUGAGGUGUGUGCUGUCAGUCAAUGCACCUUACAUUUACAUUAGCUUAUACCUCCACACACACAUUAGUAACCACAAACGCUUUGCAGUUCAGUCUCUGAGAACAGAGAUCUUAGGGUUACUUAGACUGCUGCUCUUCAUUACAGUGGUGUUUUAAACAACCAUUCAUUUAAAGGCCAGAUUCCCUUGAAUUUAUUUUAACCUUUUUUUUUUUGCACAAGACAUUAUGGAUGAGUGUUUUUAAGAUAGAUUAAACAGAAUAUUGAUUUUUAGGUCAUCUUGCUUUGCUAUUUAAUAGUGAGCAUACAAUAUGUGAAUUUGACUUGCUCACUUGGUAGCAAAAGAAGAGCAUUCAUGUUUCCCAAAGACUAUUUGCAACUGUAAUUUAAACCCUGAUUAAAAUCAGUGAAUAUUAUGAUUAUAUAAAAUAUGUUGAAUGCUUUUUCAAGUGAAUGUACUUUAGCAUCAGGGCAACCUGGUUUUCCAGUCAUAUUUCAAAUGUAAUGACAUUUUAAAGCCAAUUGCACCUCCUUGUUUUUAUUUUUAAUUUUAAACAAAUUUGUAUUUGUUUAAUUCUCCUUUCAGUAUAUUUAUUUGUGUCCACUUACUGUAGUUUUGGUUACUAAUAAUUAUAUUAAUGGGAUUGAAAAUGAAAUGGGGGAAAUAAUCUUAUGGUGCCUUGUAUGGUAACUUGUACGCUCGCUACCAUAUAAAUAUGGUAUGAAAAUGAAUGAAAAAUUAAUCUAAAAUGUUUGAUUGACCUCACCAUUGUUCAGUCACCUGUCAAUCUUAAAUUCGAUUAAAUUAUUCAAAGAAUUUUAA